AUGGCGGCCGAGAGCCUCGCGGAGCUCCGGGACUGGCUGUUCCUGCUCCUCCUGUGCCUCACCUUAUUGGCCGAGGUCCUGGAGCUGGCGGCGGCUGCCAUCGCCAUGGAGAACGGGGAGGGGGAGGAGGGGGCCGUGUGCCCGUCUGUGUGCCGCUGUGACGAAGGCUUCGUCUACUGCAACGACCGCGGCCUGAGCAUGAUCCCGCCGCUGCCCCUGAUGGCCGCCAUCCUCUAUCUCCAGAGCAACCGGCUCAGCAACGCCGGCCUGCCCCCCUCCCUGGAGCGGAGCAGCUCCAUACGCGUGGUCUAUCUCUACGCCAACCAGCUGGAUGAGUUUCCUAUACACCUCCCGCCGUCGCUGAAGGAGCUGCACUUGCAGGACAACAACAUACGAACGUUACCACGCUCUUCCCUGGCCAAACUGCCCUUACUAGAACGUUUGCACCUGGACGAUAACUCCAUAUCCACGGUGAGCAUCCAGGAACGGGCCUUCUCUGGGACUCCAAAGCUCCGCCUCUUGUUCCUCUCGCGGAACCACCUGUCCAGCAUCCCGGCCGGUCUGCCGGCGUCGCUGGAGGAGCUGCGGCUGGACGACAACCGCAUCAGCACCAUCCCGACGCACGCCUUCAGAGGGCUCUCCUCGCUCCGGCGCCUGGUCCUGGACGGGAACCUGCUGGCCAACACGCGCAUCGCAGACGACACCUUCUCCCGCCUCUCCAACCUGACGGAGCUCUCGCUGGUGCGCAACGCCCUGCUGGCGCCGCCCGUCAACCUGCCGUCCAAUCAGCUCAUGCGACUCCAUCUGCAGGACAACGGCAUGACCCACGUCCCCAGGGGCGCUCUGGACGCCAUGCGGCGCCUGCAGAGGCUGGACCUGUCGGGGAACAACCUGACCAGCCUCCCCCGCGGGCUGCUGAAGGACAUGGAGAGCCUGGAGAUGCUGCUGCUGCGGGGGAACCCCUGGUACUGCGGCUGCAACCUGCGCUGGCUGCACGCCUGGCUGCACAGCCGGGGGGCCGCGGUGACCGUCAGAGGCCUGACCUGCCAGGGCCCGGAAGCUGUGCAUGGCCAGGCUCUGAGGGACCUGACAGGGCUGAUGGAGCAGUGUGAGGGCCCCCCGGUGGGGGCCGGGGCUGGGGCGAAUCCAGCAGAGAAGGGCGGUGGGGGCGGUGGGGGCGGUGGAGGAGGCGGCGGAGGCGGUGGAGAUGGGGCCGGAGGAGGCCAAGCGUCCCGUGGCGGUUCCGCCUCACCCCCCCAGUUGGUUCCCACCCAAGGCUCUCUCUUCACGCUGCGGGCCAAGCGGCCGGGCCUGGGGAUGCCCCUGGCUCCGAGGGAGGGGGGGCAGAUAUCAGGGGAGGCCCUGGAACUCAACGUGAAGCCGCUGUCCCCGGACAGCGUGCUGGUGACGUGGCUCUCCCCGCGGCCCGCGCCCUCCUUCCGCCUGUCGUGGCUGCGGCUGGGCAGCAGCGCGGCGCUGGGCUCCAUCACAGAGACCCUGGUGCCCGGGGAGCGGCAGCAGUACCACCUCACACAGCUCACCCCCCGCUCGCACUACCUGAUCUGCCUGCUGCCCCUCCGGCAGGACCCGUCCACGGGGGCCAUGGGGGUGGGCUCCACGCUGACCGGCAGCCUGGACCCCGACACUAAGACCUCCGGCCCGGCCUGCGCCCAGAUCGAGACCGGAGAGGCCCCGGUUAGCGGGGGGGGCGAGGGGUCGGACAAGGAGGGCCAGGACACGGAGUUAACAGUCCUGCCAUUGGCUGGAAUCAUAGGCGGAGCGACGGCACUGGUCAGCCUGCUGCUGAUCUUCGGGAUCUUCUGCUGGUACGGACAGAGGGCGGGCUACAUGUCCUCCGACGCCAGCUCCUACAGCCGGGGGCGGGGCGGGAAAGGGUACGACGACUACGUCGAGUCCGGCACCAAGAAGGACACCUCCAUCCUGGAGAUACGGGCCCCCCCCGCCGGCUUCCAGAUGACGGCCAUGGCCCAUCAGCCCCUGCAGCCCAAGCUGGAGGACGUCACCUACAUCCACACCAUCUUCCCCUCGUCGUCCUCUUCCUCCAACGCCAACGGGACCUACCGCAGCACGCACGGGGGGGCGGGCAGCCUGAACGGCACCAUCAUCAGCCAGGGCGGCCACCACCCGGUCGGCUACGGCACCAACCGGGGCUACCGAGAGGGGGGCAUCCCUGACAUUGACUACGCCUACACGUGAUGGCCCACGCGCCCCGCCUGUUGGGCUGCGGCCGCUGGGCGCUGUUCUGACGAGGAGCGCCCGGCACGUGGCCAUUUUGUCCUUGGUUUCCAAAGUACCCCUUUGUGCCUCUGCUGGUUUGCUGUAUAGAAAAAAACAUUGAAUCUGAGCUGUUGCGACGGACGUGGAGCGACCGGAGUGACCGACGCACGUCAGUCAGUCCGGACAGCUCUGGCUGUGGUCUUGCUAUACGGUAGACUCUCUGUUUCUAUGCUAUGUAUCAAUAUGAAUGGUUCUGUUUUUCCUUUCUUUGGGAUAGUUUGAUAUGUCUUUCACACUCUACUGUUCUUCUCAGCGCAUAAUA